AUGACUACUAAACCAGCCUCGUAUCUUUUCUCGGUGCAGAAAAGUCCUCCAGAAAAGUCUAGAGAAUCUGUCUGCAUGCUCAGGGAAUCUGACAUUGAUGAAUUUAUAUGUGUGACAGAUAAAAAAGGAGCUAAGCCAGAAAAAGCAAAGCGAAGAAGAGGCAUGAGAGACAUCCUCGCUAAAAUGACUGCAGAAGAAUAUGAAUCCUACAUUGUUAAACCUGUCAAUUCUGACAAACCGCUAAAAUGCAAGAAAUGUUCAAUUACGUUUAUGAAUAAUGUUGAAAAGGGUCUCCAUUCUAUCAAACACAAUAAAAAAGGAUUUUAUGAGUGUCAUGUUUGUGGAGAUUUUAAACAUCAGAACAAACAAGCAUUUGAUAUUCAUAUUAGGGAACAUGAUGGGAUUAAAAAAUUCAAAUGUCCCAUUUGUGAUAAACAAUUUACUACUAUAAGGCCAGCUUAUGAGCAUCAGUACUCUCAUGGAAAAGAAACGCCUUUUGAAUGUGACAUAUGUGGAAAAAAAUUCCAUACAUCAGUUUCAGCACGAAACCACAAAAUUGAGGCUCAUUACGAAAUGCUUACUGGGCAAAAAUACGAAAAGUUCGACUGUAAAAUAUGCAACAAGCAUUAUGCGAAUCAUUCUGGAUUGGCACACCACAAUUUCAGGCACCACAAAGAACUCUGCAAGCAAAUGCCAGCUUUAUGCGACAUCUGUGGGAAAAGCUUCUCAACAAAGUCACAAAUGAUGAAUCACAAGCUUACCCACACUCAAGAAACUUCUUAUUCCUGCCAACUGUGCUCUAAAAAGUUCACACGAGCAGCAGGUCUGAAGCAGCACCAAUUGGUACAUACUGGAGAAAAGAGCGCCAAACAUAAAUUUGUAGAUGUGUCAAUCAAAAAAGAAGACGAAGUAAUGGAUAUGAAUAAAUAUUUAGACGUAAUGUUAAAAAAAGAAGAAAAACCAAUAAAACGAAAGCCCGAAGGGAAAAUGAAAGACAUCCUCCGUAAAAUGUCUCCAAAAGAGUACGAGACCUAUUGUGUUCAACCUGCUGCACCAGAGGAACCACUGAACUGUAAAGAAUGUCCAUUAAGAUUUUUUAAUAACAUUGAACUAGGUUUUCAUUCCAUAAAACACAGUGACAAAGGACAUUACGAAUGCCAUGUAUGUGGUCGCUAUACAAGUCCAGACAAACGAGCAUUUGAUAUUCACAUCAGACAACAUGAAGGCAUCAAAAAAUACAAAUGUCGAAUCUGUAACAAGCAGUUUACCAGUAUAAGACCAGCAUACGAACAUCAGUAUUUCCAUGGAAAAGAAAAAACUUUUGAGUGUGAUAUCUGCAAACAAAAAUUCCACACUUCCCUUUCAGUUAAGAACCACAAAGCCAAGGCUCACCAUGAAAUGCUGAUUAAGAAAGAAUAUGAUUGUAAAAUAUGCAACAAGCAUUACGCAAAUCAUUCUGGUCUGGCCCAUCAUAAUUUUAGGCACCACAAGGAACUGUGCAAGAGAAUGCCUUCCUUAUGCGAUAUCUGCGGAAAGGAUUUUUCCGCUAAAGCUCAGUUGCGCAAGCAUAAACGGACACAUCAGACAGAACCUGAGUAUUCAUGUCAAAUAUGCUCCAAGAAGUUUACUCAACCUGCUGGUCUAAAACUUCACCAAUCAGUUCAUACAGGAGAGAAGAACGUCAAAGAUGAAUUUGUAGAUAUGACAAUCAAAAAUGAAGAUACAUUUGUAGACAUGAAAAAAUACGUAGAUGUAAUAAUAGAAACAGAAGAAGAACCAACAAAACCAAAGCGUGAAAGGGGAAUGAAAGACAUCCCCAGUAAAAUGUCUCCCAAAGAAUAUGAGACCUAUUGUGUUCAACCAGCUUCACCCGAGGAACCACUAAAGUGUAAAAAAUGCUCAUUAAGAUUUUUCAAUAACGUUGAAUUAGGAUUCCAUUCCAUAAAACACAAUGACAAAGGACAAUACGAAUGUCAUGUAUGUGGGAAUUAUUCAAACCAAAACAAACGAGCAUUUGAUAUUCACAUCAGACAACACGAAGGUAUUAAAAAAUAUAAAUGUCGAAUUUGUGAUAAGCAGUUCACUUGUCUAAGACCAGCAUACGAACAUCAAUAUUUCCAUGGAAAAGAAAAAUCCUUCGCAUGUGAUAUCUGUGGGCUAAAAUGCUUCACUUCCCUUUCAGUUCAGAACCACAAGAAGAAGGCUCACCAGGAAUCGCCAAUUAAGAAAAAAUACGACUGCAACGUAUGCAACAAGCAUUACGCAAAUUAUUCUGGACUGGCCCAUCACAAUUUAAGACAUCACAGAGAACUGUGCCAGCGAAUGCCUACCUUAUGCGAUAUUUGCGGAAAGGAAUUUUCUACAGAAGGGCAGCUUAGAAAACAUAAACGAACGCAUUCAAAAGAACCUGAAUAUUCAUGUCAACUUUGUUCCAAGAAGUUUACCCAGCCUGCUGGUCUAAAAAAUCAUCAAGCAGUACAUACAGGAGAAAAGAAGAUCAAGUUUGAAUUUGUAGAUGUGACAAUAAAAAAAGAAGAAUCGCCGCUGAAGAAGAAGAAACGAACGCGCAGAGUAUUAAUGAAAGCCAUCCGCGAGAAAAUGACUGACGAAGAGUAUGAGGUUUACGUCGUUCAACCUGCUACAUCUGAGAAACCACUGACCUGUGAGAAAUGCCCAUCAGUAUUUACAAAUCAUGUUGAAAAGGGCCUUCACUCUAUAUUACACAAAGGAUUUUAUGAAUGCCAUGUUUGCGGAGAUUAUGCAAACCAAAACAAACAAGCAUUUGAUGUCCAUAUAAGAGAACAUGAAGGGAUUAAAAAAUUCAAAUGUCCUAUAUGUAAUAAACAGUUUACUACUUUUAGACCAGCGUACCAGCAUCAGUUUUUGCAUAACAACGAAAAACCGUUUAAAUGUGACAUCUGUCAACAAGCCUUUCGCACGUCCAUUAGUGCCACAACACACAAAGCACAGGCCCACUAUGAAAUGCUCAAUGGAGAAAAAAAUCAAAAGUUACACUGUAAAAUAUGCAACAAGGAUUACGGGACUCGUUCAGGCAUAAAUGAACACAAUUUAAGGUAUCACAAAGAACUAUCCACGAUAACUCCAGCUCUGUGCGACAUCUGUGGAAAAGAUUUUCCAUCGAAAGCGGUGAUGCGGAGGCACAAAAAUUCACACUCAAAAGAAGGUCCAUUUUCGUGUGAAGUAUGCUCGAAGAAGUUUACGUAUAAACAAAGUCUGAAAAACCAUCAAUCUGCUCAUACGGGAGAGCAGAAGUAUGAAUGCAAUCAGUGUGGAAAAAAGUUUCCUUUUUCCGCUGCGUACAAAUAUCAUAUGAAGAUACAUUCGGGUGAGAAACCGUUUGCUUGUGGUAUUUGUGGAAAAAAGGCUAUUUCCGCUGGAAAUUUAAAACUUCAUAUGAAAUCACAUGGACCGUUAAAUUCCUCGAAAUCGAUCGACUAA